AUGGUGAAAAAAGCUAUUGAUGCUCGUAUUCCAGCUUUGAUUAGAAAUGGUGUGCAAGAAAAGCAAAGAUCUUUCUUUGUCAUCGUUGGUGACAGAGCACGUAAUCAAUUACCAAAUUUACAUUAUUUAAUGAUGAGUGCAGAUUUGAAAAUGAAUAAGUCUGUUCUUUGGGCUUAUAAGAAAAGACUUCUUGGUUUUACUUCUCAUAGAAAAAAGAGAGAAGCUAAGAUAAAAAAGGAAAUUAAAAGAGGUACAAGAGAGGCUAAUGAUCAAGAUCCUUUCGAGGGUUUCAUUUCUAAUCAAAAUAUUAGAUACGUUUAUUAUAAAGAAACUGAAAAAAUUUUGGGUAACACCUAUGGUAUGUGUAUCCUACAAGAUUUUGAAGCCUUAACCCCAAAUUUAUUGGCAAGAACUAUUGAAACCGUCGAGGGUGGUGGUAUUGUUGUUAUCUUAUUGAAAUCAAUGUCAUCUUUAAAACAACUUUAUACAAUGACUAUGGAUGUACAUUCUCGUUAUCGUACUGAAGCUCAUGAUGACGUUGUUGCAAGAUUUAAUGAAAGGUUUAUUCUAUCUCUGGGUUCCAAUGAAAAUUGUCUGGUUGUGGAUGAUGAAUUAAACGUCUUACCUAUUUCAGGUGCCAAAAAUGUCAAACCAUUACCUCCAAAGGAUGAUGACAUUUUAUCUCCAAAGGAAAUGGAACUGAAAGAUUUGAAAGAAUCUUUAGAAGAUGUCCAACCUGCAGGUUCUUUAGUGGCUCUUUCAAAAACUGUCAAUCAAGCGCAUGCCAUAUUGACAUUUAUUGAUGCUAUUUCAGAAAAGACAUUGAAUUCUACCGUGGCAUUAACAGCAGGUAGAGGUAGAGGUAAAUCUGCUGCUUUGGGUAUUGCCAUUGCUGCAUCCGUAUCUCAUGGUUAUUCCAAUAUUUUCGUUACUUCACCAUCUCCGGAAAAUUUGAAGACGCUAUUCGAAUUUAUCUUCAAAGGUUUCGAUGCCCUGGGUUAUCAAGAACAUAUUGAUUAUGAUAUUAUUCAAUCCACAAAUCCUGAGUUUAACAACGCCAUUGUCAGAGUCGACAUUAAGAGAGGUCACAGACAAACUAUUCAAUAUAUUAUCCCUCAAGAUUCUCAUGUUUUAGGCCAAGCAGAAUUAGUUGUCAUUGAUGAAGCUGCUGCAAUUCCGUUACCUAUUGUUAAGAACUUAUUGGGUCCAUAUUUAGUUUUUAUGGCUUCUACUAUCAACGGUUAUGAAGGUACAGGCAGAUCUUUAUCCUUAAAAUUAAUUCAACAGUUACGUAACCAAACAACUACAGGUGGUCGUGACAUUUCUCAAACUGCCUUUGUUUCAAGAGAUAAAAAACAGAACGAUAUUGCUUCUUCAAAUAUUGGAUCUCGUCAAUUAAGAGAAAUUGCUUUAGAAGAACCGAUUAGAUAUGCCGAAGGCGAUCCAAUUGAAAAAUGGUUAAACAAGUUACUUUGUUUAGACGUAACAUUAAUUAAGAACUCAAGAUUCGCCUCCAAGGGUACUCCACAUCCUUCACAAUGUAAUCUUUUCAUUGUUAACAGAGACACAUUAUUUUCAUACCAUCCAGUGUCGGAAAAUUUCCUUGAAAAGAUGAUGGCCCUUUAUGUAUCAUCACAUUACAAGAACUCUCCAAAUGAUUUACAAUUGAUGAGUGAUGCCCCUGCACAUCAAUUAUUUGUUCUCUUACCUCCAAUUGAUCCAAAGAAUGGUAAUAGAAUCCCAGACCCAUUAUGUGUUAUACAAGUUGCAUUAGAAGGUCAAAUUUCGAAACAAAGCGUUAGAAAUUCUCUUUCAAGAGGCCAAAGAGCUGGUGGUGAUUUGAUUCCGUGGUUAAUCUCCCAGCAAUUUCAAGAUGAAGAAUUUGCAGGAUUAAGUGGUGCUCGUAUUGUUAGAAUUGCAACUAAUCCCGAAUAUGCUUCAAUGGGUUAUGGUUCUAGAUCGAUCGAACUACUAAGAGAUUACUUCGAAGGUAAAUUCACCGAUAUGUCAGAAAGUGAUAAACCAAGAAAUUAUUCGUUAAAGAGAGUCAGCGAUAAAGAGCUUGCUAAGACCAAUUUAUUAAAGGAUGAAAUUAAAUUGAGAGACGCAAGUACUUUACCACCUUUGCUAUUAAAACUUUCCGAACAACCACCACAUUUCUUACAUUACCUCGGUGUUUCGUACGGUUUAACCCCAUCCUUACACAAGUUCUGGAAAAAUAACAAAUUUGUUCCAGUUUACAUACGUCAAACUGCAAAUGAUUUAACUGGUGAACAUACGUGUGUUAUGCUAAAUGUUCUCGAAGGCAGAGAGGCAAAUUGGUUGGUUGCUUUUGCCAAUGACUUCCACAAGAGAUUCCUAUCUUUACUUUCAUACGAUUUCAAUAAGUUCACGUCAGUUCAAUCUUUGAAUGUUAUUGAAUGUUGCAAGAAAGUAUCUGAAUUAUAUAACGGUGCAGAAUUUUCCAAUGAAUUAACCAGAACCCAACUUGAUGAUAUUUUCUCUCCUUUCGAUUUGAAGAGAUUAGACAGUUAUGCCAACAACUUAUUGGAUUACCAUGUCAUUGUAGAUUUAUUACCAAUGUUAUCAAUUCUAUAUUUCAGUGGCAGAAUGGGUGACACUGUCAACCUAUCCGGUGUUCAAAGUGCAAUUUUAUUGGCAAUUGGUCUACAACGUAAAAGUAUCGAUUCAAUCACUAAAGAAUUGAAAUUACCAUCAAAUCAAAUCAUUGCUAUGUUUGCCAAGAUCAUAAGAAAGUUCUCUCUAUACUUCCGUCAACUAUUAAGUGAAUCAAUCGAUCAAAAUUUACCAAAGAGAACCGAUGAAAAAAUUGCUGAAAUGAAUGGUGAAGAAGUCAAAAGCUACAAUGCAGCUGAAGCCCUGGAUCAAUUAGACGAAGAUUUAGAAGAGGCUGGUACUGAAGCGAAUAGAGCCAUGAGAGAAAAACAAAAAGAAUUGAUCAACUCUUUGAAGCUGGAUAAAUAUACCAUUUCAGACAACAUCAACGAAUGGGACUCCAACAAAGAUAUUGAAAAGGCUGCAAAAUCAAAUGGUGUCGUCAGCGUGAAAACCGGUACCAAAAGAUCCACGGAAAACGGCACCAACAUCUACAACAGCGAGAUGAAGUCCCUAAAGAAGAGCAAGAAGCCUAGAAAGCAUUAG